CGCCCAGCCCGGGAGGCCUGUGAGCUGUUCGUGUAGCUGCAGCUGCUGCUCGGCCAUGGCGGUUGCUGCAGGGCGGUGAGGCCAGAGCGGGGGCCAGGGAGAAGAAGGAGGGAGGGUGGGAGGGAGGCUGCAGCCACUGGCCUGCUGGCUGUCCAGGCUCUCAGGGAGCUUCAGUCCUGGGCAGCCAGCGCCACUAUGGCAUUCCGCAAGAAGGGCAGCAAGCACCCACCGGUGCUGAGCCACGAAUUCAUCCUGCAGAACCACGCGGACCUCGUGGCCUGCUUGGGCAUGUUGUUCGUGCUGGGGCUUAUGUUCGAGGCCACCACCGAGGCUUCGAUCGUCUUCAUCACGUUGCAGCACGGGGUCCCCCUGCCGGUGGUGGAGACCUCCCUGAUGACCCCGGCAGCAGCCUCCUCUGCUUCCUCCUCCUCCUCCUCUUCCUCCUCGACCCGGUUCCUAUAUCAGUACGGCAUCAAGGACCUGGCCACCGUGUUCUUCUACAUGCUGGUGGUCAUCAUCUUCCAUGCCACGGUGCAGGAAUACGUGCUGGACCGCAUCCACCGGCGCCGCCAGUUCCCCAAAGUGAAACAGAGCCGCUUCAACGAGUCGGGUCAGUUCAGCAUCUUUUACCUGGUCUCCUGCAUCUGGGGCACCUUCAUCCUCUUCUCCGAGACCCGCCUGUCCGAGCCCCAGCGAAUGUGGCAGGCCCCCUCCCAAGACCUGAUGACCUUCCAGAUGAAGUUCUUCUACAUUUCCCAGCUGGCCUAUUGGUGCCACGCCUUCCCCGAGCUCUACUUCCAGAGGACCAAGCAGCAGGAGCUGCCCCGCCAGCUGGUCUACAUCGGCCUGCACCUGUUCCACAUCGCCGCCGUCUAUCUCCUCUACCUGAACCACCUGGGGCUGGGCCUGCUGAUGCUGCAUUACUUCGUGGAGUUCCUCUCCCACAUCUGGGACCUGUUCUAUUCCAGUGAGGAGAAGUACCAGAAGGAGUUGUCCCUGUGGGCCAUCGUCUUCAUCCUGGGCCGCCUGGCCACUCUGAUCGUGUCGGUAGUGACAGUGGGGUUUCACCUAUUGGAUGAACAGAGCCAGACCCCAGAUGCCCACUCCGGAAACGUGAACGUGUUGGCAGCCAAGCUAGCAGUCCUGGCAUCCAGUUGCACCAUCCAGGCGUACAUAACGUGGAAUUUAUUCCAUGCCCACGUGCAGAGGUGGGUAGGGGAGGAUCCGGCUUUGCAGGCCCCCAAUGUGAAGAAGAAACGGACUAAAGGAAGGUCUUCCAGAAAAGGAACUGAAAAUGGCGUGGCAGCUUCCAGUAGAGUCGACUCACCCUACAAGAAGAAAGAGUGAUCUUCCUACUAGAUCACAAGCUAAUGGAUCCUUAUUCCCCUCCCCCCCAAAGAAGCCCACUCUUUAUUAUAAGAUAAUUUUCUGCAUUAAGAGACUUUUUCUCUCUUUCUUUCUUUCUCUCUUCCUUUUUCUUUUUUUUUAGGUGUAUGUCUGUGCCUGAACACAGUUUUGUGCGGUCUUUGAUGAUUUUGCUAUUGUACUGAGUGGCUUUUCUUUUUUUAAGCGUUUGACGGGAGAAUUAUUAUUAUUAUGGGGGGAGGGGGCUGGAUUGAUUUGGACUAGGCUAGUCUUCAUCAGAAUAGUUUGAAGCCUCCAAAACGGUAUUUUGUUUGUUGCCUUUGAACAUAUUUGUAAUGAUGUGUAGAGAUAACUAGGGAAAAGUCCGCAGGUCAGUGAUGCCCAAAAAGUUGUCUCCUCCAAGUUUUUUCUAACAUUCUCAAGAUGUUUGGUUAGAGCAGGGUUGUGUUUUUGUCUCUCUUUUGGAAGAAAAUGGAAAUAUUCAGGCAGAAGUCAGUCAACCUCACUGAACUUUUUUUUUUUCUUUUUUUUAGCAAUCUUGAAAUCUUGGAAUUUCUAAUUGGAGAAACGAUUUGUGAAGCUUCUCCAGUAAUGAUGUGUUUUAUAGGUUGUGGUUGUCAGUGUUGCCUUCUCAUUAAUACAAACAAAAUACUAAUGGGUAACGUGGAGUUUCACUGCCAUUUUUUUAGCGAAAUCACUUUGAUGGUGUGUUUUAAUUAAGGCAAAGCACCCCCUUUGCCUAUUUUCAGCACUUGUGAGUAGAAAUCAUGGAAAGAAAUACUGUAAGAAGGAAAACAGGUUUAGUUUUUCCAUGUUUAUUAAAAGUGUUCUUAAUGAA